AUGGAGGGGGAGGGGCCGGCGGCGGCCGGUGCUACCGCUCUCCUGUACCUGCCGGACUCCUCAGCGCUGCCGCUGCCCCUGGAGCCCCCCCCAGGCCCCACAGCCUCCGAGCUGCUCCUCCGCCUGCAGGGGGCGCUGGAGCUGCCGCCCGAGGCCACCGAGGCGCUGGCGCUCUGGAUGAGCUCCCCCCUGCUCGCGGUGCAGCUCAAGCCUCGGCACCGGCCCCUGCGCCUGGCUCGGCGCUGGCCUGAGCUCCUCCUGCGCCUCAGCACUGCCCCCCCCGAGGACAUCGGAGCCGAUGAGCCGUGUCUGCAGCUGCGCAGGAACGUGUUCUUCCCCAAGAGCAGGGAGCUGGAGGUGCAGUCGGAGGUGCUGCUGCGGCUGCUGUACGAGGACGCUCGGGGGCAGGUGCUGGGGGGGCUGCUCCCCAUGGACCCCCCCCAGGCGCUGGCUCUGGGGGCCCUGAGCUGCCGCCUGCGCCUGGGCCCCUUCCAGCCAGGGCUGCACACGGCCCGAAGCAUCAGGCCGCUGGUGCCGGAGCUGCUGCCGCGGACGGGGCCGCGGGGCUGGGGGGGGCUCUGGGGGUCCCUGGUGCGCCGGGAGCCCCCCCCCGAGCAGCGGCUGCUGGAGGCCUUCAGCCGGACCCCCGGGGCCGGAGCCCCCCCCCCACAGCUGCACCGGGACUUCCUGCGGCGCUGCCAUGAGCUGCCUGGCUAUGGCUGUGCCUUCUUCCCGGGAGCCAUCGAGCGCCCCCCCGGGGGGCUGCUGGGCCGGGGGGGGCUGCGGCCUGUAACUGUCGCUGUGGGGCUGGAGGGGGUCACCAUCAUCGACUCCCGGGAGAAGCAUGUGCUGCUGACGCUGACCUACCCCGAGCUGUGCUGGGAGCUGGUGGGCGCCGUGGGGCAGGAGGGGGACGAGGCCACGGGGCCCCCCCAGCUCUGGCUGGAGUUUGAUGGGGAGCACGAGGGAGCCCCCGUGAACCGGCUGCUGCGGGUGUUCUCCCCACAGGCGGAGCUGAUGAGCGCCCUCAUCGAGUGCUGCAUCGAGCUGGGAGGGGCGGGGCCGGAGCAGGCCCCGCCCCCGGAUCAAGCCCCGCCCACCGGAGGCCCCGCCCCCGAACCCCCCUCCAGGGGCAGCGCCCCCUUGCGGCCGCGGCUGCAGCGCCUGGCGACCAUUGACUACGUCCAGGACGGGCAGGAGCUCAGGCGGGUGAAGCCCCCCCGGCGCUCGGCCUCGUUCUUCGGCAGGGGGGGCACCUACAGCGCCGUGGCCGGGGGGGCGGAACAGCCCUGACCCCCCUGACCC